UCAAAAGGCUGACACAAACACGUUUCGAAGGGUUCGCCAUCUGUGUGUGUUGAACAUACAUCUCACCCAUGAAUACAUUGAUCGCGAGCAAUAAUUUGUAUAAUCAAGAAAAAUUGAUUUUGAUUUUUUCAAAAUCCAGAUUUUUCUUUAUGUUCUCUAAUAUUUGAUUCAUGAUAGAAUCAUGACGACAACGGCAAAUUGGACAAAAAAUACAACCAACUAUAAGUAUAACGCAUCGAAUUCGUUGAAUUUGACUGUCAACCGUACAAUUAAUCUAUAUCCACUUUCGAAUUAUACAUUCGGUACAAAAGAUCCAUUGUUUGAAAAAGAUCCUUCUGUUGAAGCACGUUUUCAACGGUUGAGAGAUGAAUUCGAAAAAAUUGGUCAACGACGCUCGGUUGAAGGUGUUUUACUUGUACAUGAACACAAUUUACCUCAUGUUCUUCUUCUUCAAUUGGGAACGGCUUUUUUCAAAUUACCUGGCGGUGAAUUAAACCCCGGCGAAGAUGAAAUCGAUGGUCUCAAACGACAUUUGACCGAAACUCUUGGCCGUCAUGAUAAUGUUUCACAUGAUUGGGAUAUCGAAGAUACUAUUGGCAAUUGGUGGCGUCCAAAUUUUGAACCACCACAAUAUCCAUAUAUACCACCACAUAUAACCAAACCGAAAGAACAUAAACGUCUAUUCCUUGUACAAUUACCGGAAAAAGCUUAUUUUGCUGUACCAAAAAAUUAUAAACUUGUUGCUGCUCCAUUGUUUGAAUUAUAUGAUAAUUCACAAGGAUAUGGGCCAAUCAUUUCUAGUUUACCACAAACAUUAAGCCGUUUCAAUUUCAUCUAUAUGGAAUCAUGUAAUAAUACUAAUAACAUUAGUAAUAAUGAAAACCAAAAUACUAACAGUAAUAACAAAUCUUAAGGCAAACAAAAACAAAAAAUACACAUUUGAUCUCUAAUUCGAUCUAACAUUCGAAAACAAAAA